GGGCCGUCUGUACUUCCGGCCAGUCUCGGUUCCGGUGUGGACAACCACCCAGGCAGCUGCGGUCCAGAAGGGCCGGGAGCAACAGCCCAGGGCGUAGCAGGCGGGUGCUGUGUAGGACCCCGGAGGGCCUUCGUCUCACCGCCCGCGCUUCUCUGGGCGUCGCCACGACGCACGCUGGGACUUCGUUUCCCAGAGGGCGCCGCGGCGGGCGGACACGCCCACUUCCGGCGGCGGUGGCGCGCAGUCCAGGUUCGAGCGGGCCCGGCUGGGCUGUGGGCUCGGCUGCCGGCCCGGCGCGGGGCCGCACGGGGCCCGCCGGGUGCCGGGCGUGCCCGGCCUCCGGGCUGUGUCUGCGACAUCGGGGGCUUGUGCGCGCGCGGCGGUGACAUGCGGGGGGCGGUGAGCGCGGGUGCCCGAGAGCUGGGGUCCCCGCAGCGGCGAGGCGCCCCCCGCACAAAGCACGGGGUGGACCGAGGCCGGACCGCGGGGACCCCGGCUUCUUUCGCCCGCCCUGCCCGGGGAAGGCCGCGCGCGAGGAAUGGUCUCACAUCCAAGGGCCAGCGAGGAGCGGCGACCACGGGGCCUGAGAACAGAGCUCUGCCUUCCAGGGACACUGCCCUCCUCCAGGAAAGGAAGCACAGGCAGGAGGCGGCAGCAAGGGGAAUUGAACGGAAGGCCGUGUCCCAGAGCUCGGUCACCUUUGGGGACGUGGCCGUGGACUUCUCCCAGGACGAGUGGGCCUGGCUGGACGCGACUCAGAGGAGCCUCUACCGGAGCGUGAUGCUGGAGAACUACAGGAACCUGGUCUCUCUGGGGCUUUGCGGCUCUAAGCCCGACAUGAUCUCCUCGUUGGAGCAGAGGAAGGAGCCCUGGACGGUGAAGAGAAAGCUGCCAGGCAGCGGGUGCGCAGACCCACAAGCUGUGCCAAAGGCCAAGGAGGCGUCUUCAAAGAAGAGUUGCUUCGAAGAGAAGUUAUCGCAGGCAGUGCUGGUGGAGAGACUCGCCAACCGCGGUCUCGAGGGCCCCGCGCUAGGGCGCGACUGGGGCUACCGCGCUCUGUUGGAGCAGCAGGCGGGCGUGGUGACCGUCACAAGCAUGGACCUGGACCUCCCCCCGCAUCCAGGCCCUGCUCGGAAGAGCUUCCGUAAGGACGCCGUGUGGGAGCACCACAGUCUGCGGCCAGCAGGACGCCGUGUGUCUGAGCCGGAUCUGGUCUCGCUGCUGGAGCAUGCGAAGGCACCCUGGAGGCUGCCGCGAGAGCUGGCGAGAGGCCUGUCCUCAGGCCAACAGUCUAUACAUGAGACCCAGGAAUUACUUCCAAAGCAGGAUUCAUUUGCUGAAGUGGUAACAGACAGAACUUCAAACACUAAUAACCUAGAGUGUUCCACUUUCAGAGGAAGCUGGGAUUCUGGGGGUCUGUUUGAAAGGAAGCUGGUAGGUCAAGAGACACAAUUCAGGCGAGAGCCUGUCACCCAUAACAAAACCCUCUCUAAGGAAAGAGAGUGUAUAUAUAACAAAUCUGGAAGAUGGUUCCAUUUGGAUGUUUCACAAGAGAGAGUUCACAGUCAUGAUUCAGUUAAAAAAGCUUUCCCCCAAAAUUCAGUGGUAAUAAAGCAUGCAGGAAUCUAUUCAGGAAAAAAACUUUUCAAAUGUAAUGAAUGUAAGAAAACUUUUACCCAGAGCUCAUCCCUCACCGUCCAUCAGAGAAUUCACACUGGAGAGAAGCCCUAUAAAUGUAAUGAAUGUGGAAAGGCCUUCAGCGAUGGCUCGUCCUUUGCCCGGCAUCAGAGGUGUCACACUGGCAAGAAGCCCUACGAAUGUAUCGAGUGUGGGAAAGCCUUCAUACAGAACACAUCCCUCAUCCGCCACUGGAGGUACUACCACACCGGGGAGAAACCCUUCGACUGCAUCGACUGUGGGAAAGCCUUCAGUGACCACAUCGGACUCAAUCAGCACAGGAGAAUUCAUACUGGAGAGAAGCCCUACAAAUGUGAUGUGUGUGACAAAUCCUUCAGGUAUGGCUCAUCCCUGACUGUCCAUCAGAGGAUUCAUACUGGAGAGAAACCCUAUGAGUGUGACGUGUGUCGAAAAGCCUUCAGCCACCAUGCGUCACUCACUCAGCACCAGAGGGUGCAUUCUGGAGAGAAGCCUUUCAAGUGUAAGGAGUGCGGCAAAGCCUUUAGACAGAACAUACACCUUGCCAGCCACCUGAGGAUUCACACCGGAGAGAAGCCCUUUGAAUGUGGGGAGUGCGGUAAGUCCUUCAGCAUCAGCUCCCAGCUGGCCACCCAUCAGAGGAUUCACACUGGAGAGAAGCCCUAUGAAUGUAAGGUGUGCAGCAAAGCUUUCACUCAGAAGGCUCACCUCGCACAGCAUCAGAAAACGCACACGGGGGAGAAGCCCUAUGAGUGUAAGGAGUGCGGGAAGGCCUUCAGCCAGACCACACAUCUUAUUCAGCACCAGAGAGUUCACACUGGAGAGAAACCCUAUAAAUGUAUGGAGUGUGGGAAGGCCUUUGGGGAUAACUCAUCCUGCACUCAGCAUCAGAGGCUUCACACUGGACAAAGGCCCUACGAGUGCCUCGAGUGCGGGAAGGCAUUCAAGACGAAAUCGUCCCUCAUCUGUCACCGAAGGAGUCACACUGGGGAGAAGCCGUACGAAUGUAGCGCGUGUGGCAAAGCCUUCAGCCACCGCCAGUCCCUCAGCGUCCACCAGCGAAUUCAUUCUGGAAAGAAGCCGUACGAGUGCAAGGAGUGCAGGAAGACCUUCAUCCAGAUCGGACACCUCAAUCAGCACAAACGCGUGCACACGGGGGAGAGACCCCACGGCCCCAAGAGAAGCAGGAAGGCCUUCAGGCAGGCCUCCCACUCCGCACACCAGAGAGCGCACGCUGGGGGGGCCUCCGCACGCCCUUCCGUACCCUCCACGUCGAGCCCUGUGGAUCUGGUACCCAAGUUUCUCUGGAAUCCACCCUCCCUCCCACCACCAUAGCAUCACGAGCCCCUGCCACAGCAGCGGAAAAGCUUGUCUCUCUGUUCUUCAUAUCGUUCUGCUUUUGUCCCGUAAAAGUUGGUUGUUUAUGUUGCAGUCAGAA